AUGGACUGUGGCCCACCAGGCUUCUCUGUGCAUGGGAUCUUCCAGGCAGAGUACUGGAGUGGGUUACUAUUUCCUUCUCCAGGGGAUCUUCCUGACCCAGUGAUCAAACCCUGCAUCUACUCCUGGCAGGCCAGUUCUUUACCGCUGAGCUACCUGGGCCUCCCUACCAUUCAGGAGCCUGCUGUGAGGCCAUUUUUCAUCCACGCCCUGGUUCCCACCUGUCUCCUUGGCUUUCAGAAGGAUGCGUCGGCAGCCCUUGAGUCAGUCCAUAAAACUGCUUGGUUCAAGUUGAGACUGGGCUUCUGCACAGAAGAGCCGCCCACUACCCCUGCCAUCUGUCACUCAAACCACCAGCUCGGGGUUGUCCUGAAGGGACACCAGUUGCUGACACCAUGCUGA